CAAAAACUUGAAUACCACGCUACAGCUGCAAAGUUUCAGAAAAGGAUUUACAACUUUUCUAUAGUAACUUUAACUGGAAGUCAUGCCAAAUUUCACAACUAGGAACAUUUAAAUGUAUGUAAUACCGAGCACAACAUGGGCAUGUUUUUGUUGCUAUGAGAACCUGCUAUUUUGUGUCAGAAAUUGCAGCCUUGGCGACGCAGUGUUUGCGCCUCUCCUACCCAUGUUUUUCUACAGCUAUUCCUCUCCUGUAGUAAUAAUAGUCUAAUGACUCCGGUUUCCUCUUGCACCCGGCCCAGUUUUCCGUUUUAGCUCCAGUUCUCACAGGCUGUGCGGUCGCCUUUUCUGGGAGGGCGCAGAGGACAGGCCGGGAGCAAACGCCGAGGGCAGGAGCGGGGUUGGGUCGGCGGUUCUGCAGCAGCCUGGGCGGCUCCCCUGCGCUCGGCCGCCGUGAAUGGGAAGGGGAGGAGGCUCGCUUGCAGUUGGCAAUCACCCCCGCGGGAGCCGGGCUUUUCACUCAGCAGCUCUACGGCUGCUUUUAAAAUCUGCAGUAAAAAUUCGAGCAACGCCACGUCGUCCAAACAGGAGAGGAGGGGGGAGAGUAGUAUGUCUGCGAUGUCCCCAGAUGGAGCAGAAUUAUUUAAUACUAAAGGGCUCGGAACCUUAGUAAAACUCCCCGAGGCCACAGGGCUCAGGCCGGGGCACUGAAGGACCUGAAAUGGCCGGGAAGCGUGGCGAGCGGGUCUGGGGCUGCAGAAGCGGGCUUUGGUCGCCCGGACGCUGGAGCUGCACGUGGCGGGAAAGGGGGAAGGGCGCGCGUUCGCAGCACUCCCCCUCCCGGGCCUCUCUCCCCAGGGUCUCCCGCCCCGGGGAUUCGGAGCGGCCCAUCCUCCCAGCGGGGCUGGAGGGGGAAAGGGCGCCGCGACCUAGGUUAACGAUAGGCAUCUCCCAGGCGACGGGCUCCGCACCAAGAUGGCGGAGGAUAGAGCAUGGGAAAGCACAGAGACAGCAGUAGCAGAAUUACACAAAAAAAUCAAAGAAGCUUUUGAAGUAUUUGACCAUGAGUCAAAUAAUACAGUGGAUGUGAGAGAGAUUGGAACAAUUAUCAGGUCAUUAGGAUGCUGCCCUAGUGAAGGAGAGCUACACGACCUGAUUGCAGAGGUAGAAGAAGAAGAACCCACUGGAUACAUUCGAUUAGAAAAAUUUCUUCCAGUAAUGACCAGAGCACUACUGGAAAGAAGAUACAGACCAAUUCCAGAAGAUGUCCUUCUUCGUGCUUUUGAGGUAUUAGAUCCAGCUAAACGUGGGUUUCUCACUAAGGAAGAGCUGGUCAAGUACAUGACUGAAGAAGGUGAGCCUUUUUCUCAAGAGGAAAUGGAAGAAAUGCUAUCUGCUGCAAUUGACCCAGAAUCAAAUUCAAUUCAUUACAAGGACUAUAUAACAAUGAUGGUGGUGGAUGAUAAUUAAAUACUCUAAAGACUUAAUUUCUAAUUCAAAGGACAAUUGAAAAAAUUGCUUUGUCCUUGUUAACUUCACAUUUUCUCUUAUAAUUCCUACAUCUGGUAAUUAAUACCUCUUGACAUAACUCUUUCAAGAUAUUUUGCUUUUUAAGAUGAUUGUAACAAUUGAAAGUGUAAAUAUAUUUAGUAUGUUUAGCUUGUGGAAUGACAAAUUGUAAAUUAUUUGAAAACGAUUCUUAACAACAUUUUAACUUCUUCCAUGGAUUCUUGUUUGUUUUCUACCAUAAGACCUCUGUUGCCUUCAAAUUAAUUAAACUGACAGAAUGAAGAAUGACUGGAAUGGCCCAAGGUUUGGCAUAUAAAGAUCUUGGAAAGGGGCAGAAGGACCACAAACUGAAAAUAGUAGCAAUAUGAUUAAGUCUUCUUUUUUAAACAACAACAAAUGCUUCAACAAUCUGAAUGUGGAAGGAGAGAAAUUGGAAUGAAUAUUAAUAACUGAUUCCUUAUGAGUACCAACUCUAAAUUUAUUUUUGAGAUAAUAGUAAGCUAGUACAAAAAUUUAAAUUUGUUAAUUCAGCAUGUUACCCUUUAUGGAAUAGCUGAAGAAUAUGAGAUAAUUGAAUCUAGAGAAAAGAAGAUUGAAUGGAAACUGAUCAUGUAAAGUAGACACAGUUCUCUCCUGGCCUUUAGAACUCUCACCUGUUUAGACUAUCUCUCUUGGGAAUAUCCUCCUGAAUACUGACUAAGAAUAUUGAAAAUUUUUAUGGUGUGCAGGAGGUACAGCUGUUUAAAGAGCAGAAUAAAGUUACCUGAGCACAAGGUGUAUCAGUGGAAGGAUGCACAGGGAUUUACAAGCAAAGAAAAAUGUAAGGUAAAGGAAAAUCUUUCAUUACCUAUAUAUUAUUUCAUACAACACAAUACACACACUGUGAUCUCUAUUACAAGAUGGCUUCACCAGCACAGGA